AUGCACAUUCGCAUCGUCGCACGGAUGAAUCGCGACCUGAGCUACUGGAUGGACCUGCAGGAGCUUCUGAGACACGAUCGUGAUGAACACCAGGAUGACGAGGGCCACUACAAGCACCUCCACUGUUCCGACUGUGAUUGUUACUUUCAGAACGCCAACAACUUGGCUCAGCACCUGAGAAGCCGUGUCCACCAAGGCACCUCGAUCAAGUGCCCAUUCUGUCAAGCUGCGUUCGUUACAGCCUCUGGAGUCUCUCAUCAUCUCGAGACCUCGUCCUGCCCCAAAGCCAAGAACCUUUCCAGCAGCGCCAUUCAUCGUGCUCUUCGUCAGCGCGACCCCAACGGUGUCAUCACUGAACGCCUGCUCGAAUGGCACGACGGCAACACUGUCAACUCGUCCUGGGACCCCAACUCUGCCUACAAUGGCCGCGGCUACGAGUGCUACAUCUGCCACCGCGAGUUCGGCAGCUCCAAGAGCCUUGAUCAGCACAUCCGUAGCCCUACUCACCAAGCCCCUCUCUACCACUGUCCCAAUAGAACCGGCAGAUGUGGCAAGCGUUAUCCUACACUUGCAGCUUUGUUCAAUGUAAUUACAGGCAGCAUUCACAACUCAACCUAUGGCUUUUGCAUAUUCAAGCAUAUGCUGAUUCUAUAUUCAACUUUANNGCACCUGGAGAGUGAGAGCUGUGGUUACACUAAGUUCGCCGACGUGCAGAAGAACGUUCGUGGUUUCAUGACUGGAGGUAGCCAGAAGUUGGUCACCUUCUAG